UUUUGUGUGUGCAUUAAAAUAUAGUUAAGGUAAAAAAAAAUAACUUUUUAAGAAUAAAAUAAUAUUUCUGAAUAUAUUCGCCAUAUAUCUUUCCUAGCUCACAAUAAUCUGAUACAUUUUUAUUUAAUAGCCAAUAUGUUUGUAAGCAUACACAUAUGUGGUUUAACCUACGUAGUACACAUAAAUCAUUUAUUAAAUGACUGUAAAGGCUAAUAUAAACAUUAUAUUAAAAUGUCUCAGAAAGCCAACAGUGUAGGUUAUUUUGUUAUUUAUUGUUCAAAAUUCAAAAUGAAGCAUUAACUCACUAUUGUUCUAUUAAUUUAAAUCGAAUGGGUGGGAUUUAUCAGUGGCUAACCUUUGAAACAAUGCAAACCGCUAUUUAUUCCGAGCAGGAGUGGCUUAUGGUUUUUUCUAAGCUUCCUAAGAGUUUGCAUACAAUUGACAAAUGCUGGCUAUUUUAAUCUUUCAGGAGGACAUAUAGCUGCUGCCAUAACGAGAUCUGCUGUACAUGUUAUUAUAGUUACGUUUGUUCUGCAUCUAAGGUCUGGAUAUUAUACCUUCUAAACUAACAUCAUGAAAUCAAUGAGGGAAGUUGAUCUGGAUACAUACAGUUUGUCUUUACUUACGGCAAAAGAAGACAUCCUGAGCCCACGCUCAUCAACAAACUGGGCUUUAUUUACCUAUGAUGGAAUAAUGAACAGACUCAAACUGGCUGAUUCCGGAGGUAAGAGCACAAAAAGCUUUAUAAAUAAGGUUUUAUGUUUUGUGGGCUUGUUUAUGUGCUUGUUUGUUGUAGUAGGUGGAUUGAAAGAGUUGACGGCUAAACUUCACCCUAGACGGCCGCUUUAUGGGAUGUGCAGGGUGGGCAAAGCUCAACCCCGCAUCGCUAUGAUAUUAUGGGUAGGAAAUGAAGUGGAUGAGUACCGCAGAGCUGAGUGUGCCAGUCAUUUACCAGCAAUUAGGUCCUUCUUUAAGGAAGUUCACAUCUUUCUUCCUGCCCACACUUUGGAUGAAAUCACAGAGGAGAGGAUCUGUACGCUGGCCUAUAAUGCUGCAGUAGUGACGCAGGGGCCAAGAGGGAGACCUAGCCGCCGGACAGAAGACAGACAGGCCAUUGUGGGCACUAAUUACAAGCGAACAAUCGCAGUUGCAGAGAUCCAGAGAAUCCAGAGAGAUUCUUUUUGGGCACAAGCAGAGAGAGAAGAGGAGGAAAGGAAAAAAGAGGAACAGCGGAGGGCAGCAGAGGACAGGAGGCAGAGAGAGAAAGAGCGAUUGCUUCAGGAAAGGAGAGAUGCAAUAGAGAGAGAGAGAAGGAUGAAUGAAAAAGAACAGAAAAUAAAGGAGCAGAGGAGAAUACAGGCGCAAAUGGAGGCAGAGGCCCGGAAACAGGAGAAAAUAAAAUGGGAGCAUGAGGAAAGGGAGCAUGAAGAAGAUGAGAUCAGAGCUAGAUAUUCACGCUCUCAAUCAGGGGAAAAAGCUGCGGAGGCAGCAGCUCUGGUGUCUCAGCGUACUGUAAACCCCAGAGAGUUUUUCAGACAACUGUCCUCCUCAAGUGUCCACACAGCCUCCAGUCCCAGCUCCACAUCUCCAGUCAGGAGUCCCUAUAGACGACUGCAUCGCAGUCAGACGGAAAAUAUCUUCAGUUUCAAUGACUCACCUUCUUCUACACCUACAUCCCCAUACAGACCAUCAGUGGUAUCGCCUUACUUUCUGUCGAAUCCCACAUCCCGGAGCCCAAUCCUUUUCACUAGCACUACAGCUUCCUCGCUGCACAAUGGUGCAAUGGUAUCUACCAAAAGCCAGAUCCAGCUAUCUUCACCCAAGACGAUAGAGCCAUGGCUCCAAACUCAACCAUCACCUACAACCAGUGCAACUAAAUCUGAAAUCAAAAGCCCUAUCAGUGAUAUAUUAGAUAGUCUGGUCUUUUAUCCACCUCCACCAACCCCUGAGCAGCUCAAACCAGAUGAAUCAGAGAUAGUGGAUGAGUUGCCUCCACCACCCCCAGGUUUUGAGAAUUCACCAGAACCAUCUGUGAACCAGGCUGAGACGCUUGACGAACCCUUAGACCCUCUUCUUCCUCCAUCAUGUGUUUUGGUACCUGAGCCACCCACCAGACCACUUCCUGCUCUGCCCGUUGCUCCACGAAUGCUGAAAGACCUGGAAGCAGAGAGGGAUUUUACUGCUCGGGCAUUGGUUAUAUCUACGGUUGAGGAGGAGGAGGAUGAAGGGAGUGGAGAAAAAGAGAUGAAAUACGAGAGGAAAGAUGCGACUGAAGAAGAAGAAAAGAAGGGAGGAGGAGGAGAAGUGCGAGCUGAAACUGGAGAGAAGAAGAACAGAGGACAGGAGGAACAUGAUGGGAUGACUGUGGAAAAACAUGAAUGUGAAAAAGAAUCAACUGGUAAAUCGAUGGAGAAAUAUGAGAGUGGAAAAGAACAAGAUGGGAAAAUGUUGGAAGAAAAACAAGAUGGAAAUAUUAUGGAAGAAUGUGAGAGAGUUGAUAAAAUUGUGGAGGAACAAGAGAGUGAAAAAAUAAGGUUAGAAGGUGUGCUAGAAAAAGACCAGGAUGGGAAAAUUAGAGAAAAACAUGAGGAAGAUUUGAAAGAACAUGAAAAUCACAAAAAUAUGGAAGAAUAUAAGCAAGAUGGGAAUGUUGUGGAAGCAUUUGACAGUGAAAAGGAACAAGACGAGAAAAACACAGACGUAUUCGUGACUGAAAAAAUACAAUAUAGGAAAACUAUGGAUGAAUGCGAGCAAGAAAAUGAGCACAAUGGGAUAAUGGUAGAAAAAUGUGAGGAAGAACAUGACAGUGAAAAGGAAAAACGUGGGACAUGUAUGGAAGAAUAUAAAAGUAAAAAAGAGCAAGAUCAGAGAAUAAUUGAAUUUAAGAGUGAAAAUAUACAAAAUGCAAAAAUGACGUUACAUAUGAGAGAAGAUAAGCAAGAUGCGAAAAUUGUGGAUGUUUUUGACAAUGAAAAAGAACAAGACAAGAAAAGCAUGGAAGUAUCUCAAACUGAAAAAACACAAUACGCAAGAAUGAUGGAAGAAUGUGAGAAAGAAAAUGAGCAAGAUGGGAAAACUGUAGAAAAAUAUGAGGAAGAACAUGAGAGUGAAAAGGAACAAGAUGGGGAAAUUAUGAAAGAACAGGAGGUUGACAAAAUACAAGAUAUGGUAGAAAAAUUUGAAGAAUAUAAGAAUGCAAAAGAAAUUGAUGGAAAAAUGAUGGUAGAACAUGGAAGCAGAGAAAAACGAGAUGGGAAUAUUAUGGAUGCAUUUGACAGUGAUAAAGAACAAGAUGAGACAAGCAUUGAAGUAUUUGAGACUGAAAAAUUACAAUAUGUGCCAAAGAUGGAAGAAUGUGGGCAAGAAAAAGAGCAAGAUGGGAAAACUGUAAAAAAUCUGGAAGAACAUGACUUUGAGAAUGAAAACAUACAAAAUGGAGACAGAGAAGAACAUGAAAGUGAAAAAGAUGAAGGUUUUAAAGUUGUGGAAGUAUUUGAGACCGAAAUUAGCGAAGAAUGUGGGCAAGAAAAUGAGCAAGAUGGGAAACCUGUAGAAAAACAUGAACAUGGGAAAAGUUUGGCAGACGAUGAAAACGAAAAUCAACAGAAUUGCGAAAUGAUAGAAGAAAAAAUUCAUGAUGGAGACUUCAUAGAAGAACGUGAAGGUGAAAAAGAAGAAUGGAAAGUAGUGGAAGUAUUUGAGACUGAAAAAAUACAUCAAGUGAAAAUUAUGGAAGCACGUGAGCAAGAUGGGAAAAAUGUCGAAAAAUGUGAGAAAGAAGAUGAUGGUGAAGAACAAGAUGGUAGAAGUUUGGAAGAACAGGAUUGGAAAAUUAUGGAAAUGCUUGAGAGCGAAAAAGAGCAAGAUUGGAAAAUUGGGGAAGAACAUGAAGAUGGGAAAAGGCUAGAAGAACAAGAGGGUGAAAAAGAACAGGAUUGGAAAAUGACAGAAAAAAUACAGUAUGUGAACAUCUCGGAGGAACAUGAAAGUGAAAACAAACAAGAUGAGAUGACAGAAAACCAACAAGACAGAGAGAACCAAGAUAAGGAACGAAUGUCACAUGUGGAUGUAGAUAAAGCAGUGAACGUGACUGUGCUCAGGAAGGAGGAAUCAUACACGGAGGUUCUAAAGAGGGAUGAGAAGGAACCUUUAAUCCAGACAGAAGAGGCUGACACUGUUUUUUCCCAGCAUGCACCAAUCUUCCCAGAAUCACAUGCUGCAGAGCCAUCUGCAAUCAAUGACGCAUGUAUUCCUCAAAGUAUUUCAACCACUCAAGAUAAAAAGGAGCCACAGAUGUGCUCAACUGAUACCGCAUCCCAAAUAAACUUACCAACCAUUCAGGUCGAGUCAGAUCUUUCUUGUUUAAACAAUCAAGGAGAUUCAGACAUGAAAGAGAAGACUGAACCUGUUGACUCUCAAGCUUCCUCAGAGAUCUCCAAAAACACCGCCUCAGCAGAACAGACUCCUGCGGUGGAGGAUGAACAGACAGAUGCAGAAAUGCUUCAAGAGAAUAAAAUUGUGGACAGCAGCAGUGAUUUGGCUGAGAGGAUCGAUGCUGAGUCCAAGACAUCACAUAUAUCUGAGAAUCAAGCCAGGACUGGACAAUCCGAUGAGGGGGAGGGGGAGGGGCUUGUACCUGUCUGUCAUAACCCCGAAGACACAGUGGGCCUAAAAUAUUGUAUUACUCAUCAGCUGGAUCCGACCAAUGACAUAAGUGAUGUUGAAGAGGGAGAAGAGGCUAUCUCACUCCUGGCCAGUGACACAGAUGUGGAGCAAAACUUCAAAUGCGAUUCUGACCCCGAUCAAGUGAAUGAAGACAUUAAACAUGCAGAACUGCGAAACUAUCAUGGAAACGCCCAACGACAGGAGGAAUGAUAAGACAGCUGAUGAAAAAUGAAGCACAUAAUUGGUGUCACGAAUCUGGUCUGCACUUCCGUUCAUUCAACACCAGAGGUCACUUGCUCACCACUUUGACUUUCACACCACACAUCACAAUGGACUGCGUUUCCCAUCAGCCAUCUCACCAAUCACACGCUCACCUGAUCACACGCACACAGCUGUAACCAAUCACACUGAUCACAUACCCUAUUUAAGCCACGGACUUUCUCUCCCUCGUCGCCGAGUAUUGUAUGCAUUAUCGCUGCCCUACAGAGCCCCGUUAGUUUUCCUAGCCUUGCCUUGCCUGGUCUCGCCUCACCUAGCCUUGCCUUUGUUCGGAUUGUUUUCCCUGACUGGACUCUCGCUCACGUUUUGGAUUACCUCUCUUGUCAAGCCCCUUUGGAUACUGUUCGCCGAUCGUCGACCCACGCUUGUCUUUGUUUACUCUCUGUCUCGCCCAUGUUAUACCUGUUUGCCACUGUUUGACCCUGCCUGUACGACCACGUCCCUGAUCAAUGAAAACUCGCACAUGGAUCCACACGUCUCACGUCUCGUCAGGCCCGUUACAUUAGGUUAACUUGAAGUAUAAAAAUAACUAAAUAAACUAAAACUACAGUUUAUAGACAUAAUUAAAAUUAUACCAGAAAAUAUAAAAAUUAAAAAUGUAAUUCAAAAUAUUAAUAAAAAAUAUAAUAGUAUAUCAUCAGUGACACUAAUAUAACACAAAACAUACAUUUGAGUAAUUGAACUCAAAACCUCAGUGUUUGAGAACUUCCCUAUGUGACAACUAGCCCUGGUCUCCUUACCUUUAAAAAAAUAGUAUAAAAUGGGCCCCUGAAUUUGAUCCAAACAGGUAUAAAAAAAAAAAAAAAAAGUUGAGCCAACUUAAAAUUAAGGCAACCAGCUUCAGCAGAUUUUUGAGUUUUCUCAGCUUGUCGUUUUAAGUUUAUACAACAAAAAUUUUAGAAUCUCCCACAAAAAUAAGUUGAGCAAA